AUGCGCGCGGCGCCGCACGCGGCGAGCCCCGGACGACGCUGCGCGUUCGUCCGACCUUCGGACCCGUCCUCCGCGCGCCGCGACUUCCUCCUCCCCGCGCUGAUCGGCCCCGCGCCCGAGGGCGGUCGUCGACUCGCGGGGCCCGCCGAGAGCUUGAAGUCCUACGCCGCCGAGCUCGCGCGGCGUAACGCCCGCGCUCGAUUCGUCGUCGAUCUCCAGGCGCGACCAUCACGACGGCCGGGACGUCGCGCGUCGUCGCGGUCGCCGCGGUCGUACUUCCUCCCAAACAUCGCGCGGCCCAUGGGCUGCGCGAGCUCGACGCUGACGAAGACGCGGAUAUCGCCCGACGGCGAUGCGGGGAGAGCGCGCGUCGCGCGCGACAGCGUCGCGAGCGUCGGGAGCGCGGGGGAGGCGCCGCGGGGUCAACGCGCGUUCAGGGAGACGAGGUCGACGACGACGACGACUUCGACGGUCGACGACGACUUCGAGACGCGCCGCGCGCAUAUCGACCGCGACGCCAAGGCGGCGAGGACCGCGACCGCGGCCGCGGUCGCGGAAGCGCGCGUCGCCGCGCCGCCGAUAUGCGGACGCGCCGGAAGCGGCGACGACCGGACGAUGAUGCGUCGUCCGAAUCGGAAUCGUCCGUCGGUAGAAGUCGACGAGGCGGCCGGAUUCGGUUUCAGGCGCGUUCUAUCUCACACUGGUUCCCAUACGACCCCGUCGGCGUGGUGA